CUCGCGCGCUCCGCGGAUAAAAGUCACUGAAAUGGUUAGUGCCAAGUCCCUCAACCCGCACGUGCCAUUAUGUGAAUAAACCCAGAGGACACGAUAUUGGGUGAAACAUCGCUUCUUGAGGACUGACAUUUUGGAGCAUUAUUGGUCCUGUCUGCACGCACGGGACCUGUUGAACGUCACCAACUCGUGCCUGCUCGUCCAGCGCCACUCCGCAGUAUGUUAUUGUCCACGUUGGUCCUGUUCACGUCUCACGUCCUCGCGCCUCUGCUCUUCUGUCACCUGCGCCACGCGUGCGCACAGAAACCCGGCUCAAGGUGGCUGAUCGGGGACCGGGACAGUCACUGUGGGCUGCUGUGCUCCAGGACUCAGGGCAAACCCGUGUGUGGUUCAGACGGACGAAGCUACGAGAACAGCUGUGAACUGCAGAGAGCGCGCUGUAAAGACAAGACCAUCACACUGUCUCAUCGAGGGAGGUGUAGAAGUAAAAACUGGCCAGCUGUAGCUCCGACCACAGCUUCAGUGGUCAGAGAUAUUGACUAUAAAGAUGGGGGGCAGUCGAAAUGCAGAAUGGAGAGGACCCAGGCUUUGGAGCAGGCUCGCAGACCGCAGGAGGCCAUGUUUAUCCCCGAAUGUAACGAAGAUGGGACUUUUGCUCAGGUCCAGUGCCAUACGCUGACAGGAUACUGCUGGUGCGUCACAAGUGAUGGGAAACCAGUGAGUGGCUCCUCCGUGCAUAACAAGACGCCAGUGUGUUCAGGAUCAGUGACAGACAGGCCGCCAGGUCCAGUCAACUCAGGCAGAAAAGUCUCCUUCCGUUUCUUUCUCACUCUCAACCCAGACGACGGAUCCAAGCCCACCCCCACCAUGGAGACCCACGUGCCCCCCGAGGGAGACGAGAUCACUGCUCCGACUCUGUGGAUCAAACAGCUGGUCUAUAAAGAGAACAAGCAGAACAGCUCCUCAGCCAGAAAACAAGAGAAGGUCCCCUCUUGUGACCAGGAGAGGCAGAGCGCUCUGGAUGAGUCUCGGUUGAACCCCCGAGAGGCCAUCUUCAUCCCAGACUGUGGGCCUGGGGGUCUGUACAAACCAGUGCAGUGUCACCAGUCCACGGGCUACUGCUGGUGUGUGCUGGUGGACACAGGGAGACCCAUCCCAGGCACCUCCACCAGAUACCGGACUCCAGAAUGUGACAAUGCUGCUCGCUCUCGAAUAACAGACACAGAGGACCCCUUCCCAGGUAGAGAGAUCACAGGCUGCCCAGAAGGGAAGAAAGUGGAAUUCAUUACAAGCCUGUUAGAUGCCCUCACAACAGACAUGGUGCAAGCUAUAAACUCACCAGCCCCCUCUAGUGGUGGGAGGUUUGUUGAGCCUGACCCGAACCACACUCUGGAGGAACGUGUGGUGCACUGGUACUUUGCUCAGCUGGACCUAAAUGGCAGCCAUGAGAUCAACAAGAAGGAGCUGAAACCUUUUAAGAGAUACCUGAAGAAGAAAGCCAAACCCAAAAAAUGUGCACGAAAGUUCACCGACUACUGUGAUCUGAACAAGGACCGGUCCAUUUCGCUGCAAGAGCUGAAGGGCUGCCUGGGCGUCGGCAAAGAUGGUAAUGGAAACCAGGGGACACGGCAAGGGACAAAUCUAUUCAUUGGUCGUCUGGUGUGAGGAGACGAUGAGCACAGAGGGACCCCACCUGUCCGAGCGCUGCACGGAGGAAAACUCAAGACACAAGCUGAAAAUAUGAAACCUGUAAUUUAUAAAAACAAGUGAAACAGCGCCAGAAUAUUUGCACUUUCUUCUCCCCAGGCCCAACAUCGUACUUUUAUGUACUGUGUGUGUAUGUGCAAGAGACUGAAGGUCUAAAAUGAGAAUAUAUUUGUGAAGAAGAAGACAGGCUCACCACUGGAAGAGCUGCAGCUGAUUUUGACACAUUCCCUGUCUGAUGUAUUGUAUUGUAAAAACAGUGUUCAUAAUUUUGUGGAUAAUAAAUUGUGUAAAUUCUACAUUUUCCUAUUUCAAAUAUAUUCACCAGUGGAAAGCUUGAAGAAAUGUAUUGUGGAUAACAGUCAGGGCUUGACAUUAACUAUUUUGCUCACUGGUCAGUGUGGCUUGUGUUUUUGAUCAAAGGUGACCUGCAAAUUAUCUAUUUAGCCUCCCGUGCAAUAUGGGUUCAUUGCAAAAACCAAUAUCUAGGUAAGUUAAAUGUCGUAAAUUAAAAACAUUUUACUUGAUUUGAGUAGAUUCAGUUUGAAAAGUAGAGUGAUCUAUCAAUGGAGUUUGUAUGUUUUUCUUAAUUUAAGUGUGUUUUUCUUAAUUUAAGCAACAU